UGCUUUUCUCCACUGCGGCACAGCUCAUCCUUUCUCACAACAUCUCAUAGUGGUGCUGGGAGGAAACAGAUGGACAAGAUGAACCACAGCUCAGCUGAUGCAGAGGCUGAAACCAUAGAACCACUGCGUUACCUCAGCAAAGUGGAGGCAGCAGCUAUCGAGUCAGAGCUGCUGAGGGACUACAGGUUUGGACAGCAGCAGCUGAUAGAGAUUUGGGGACACGCUUGUGCUAUUGCCAUCACUAAGGUGUAUCCUCUGAGCUCUUUGUUAAAGAAGCAGCCAACAGUGUUGGUGAUUUGUGGUCCAGAUCAGAAUGGCUCCAUUGGUCUGGUCUGUGCCCGACACUUACGCAUAUUUGAAUACGAGCCCACCAUCUACCACCCGACACGCUCUUCUCACAGUCUACACCAGGACUUUACAGUUCAGUGCGAAAAGAUGGACAUCCCUUUCCUGUCUUAUCUCCCCACCGAGGUGCAGCUUAUCAAUGAUGCCUACAACCUAGUGAUAGAUGCCUUGCUGGGACCAGAGGCCGACCUGACCAACAUUAGGGAGCCCUACUCGGGUAUUCUCGUCACCCUAAAGCAAAUCAAGAUCCCCAUUGCCAGUGUGGAUGUGCCCUCAGGAUGGGACACAGAAGAAGCCACUGGGGAUGGGAUAAACCCUGCAGUUCUCAUCUCACUUUCGGCACCAAAGAAGUGUGCCAUGAGUUUCUCCGGGAAGCAUUUCUUGGCAGGACGCUUCCUGCCCUAUGACAUCCAGAAAAAAUAUGAGCUUAACCUUCCAGAAUACUCUGGCACAGACUGUCUCAUAGAAUUGUAACACCUGGGAAA